ACCCACCCUCCUGUUCUAUCCUUUUCCCUCUCUCUCUCUGUCUCCCUCUCUCUUUCUCUCUCUCUCUCGCAGGCGACCAACACUUGCAGCCAUUUUACGCCGGACGAACCCAAUCAUGUCGUGAAGGAAGCACCUGGGCAGAGCCAGCAGCCACCGCGCGUCCCGGUGGUCGCAUACGGGCGGGCAGGCAGGUCCGGCCAAAAUGGUGAAGAGGAAAAGCCUGGACGAUAACGAGCAGGAGUGCGGAAAGGGAAUACCGUUCCCCAUCCAGACCUUCCUAUGGAGGCAAACGAGUGCCUUUCUGCGUCCAAAGUUGGGAAAACAGUAUGAAGCAUCUUGCGUGUCCUUUGAGCGUGUGCUGGUGGAGAACAAGCUCCACGGGCUGUCGCCAGCCUUGUCAGAGGCCAUCCAGAGCAUCUCCCGCUGGGAGCUUGUCCAGGCAGCCCUGCCUCAUGUACUCCAUUGCACCUCUAUCCUGCUGUCGAACAGGAACAAGCUGGGCCACCAGGACAAGCUGGGUGUGGCUGAGACCAAGCUGCUCCACACGCUGCACUGGAUGCUGCUGGAGGCUGCCCAGGAGUGCAACCAUGAGCCCAGCCUGAGCCAUGGCUGGUCUGGGGGCAGCAGCAGCAGUGCCUUCCUUCAACCUGUGGGGAAUCAGGGUUCCUCACCAGGAGCUCCUGGCUCCUGUUCCGGCUCAGCCCUAGAUGGGUCGGGGCCCCAGCACAGCAGUUCCUUGCUGGAGGAGGAUGAGCAUGCUCGUACCAAGCUGUUCCACAAGAGCAUGGCCACCAUAGAACUAUUUGUGUUCUUGUUUGCUCCACUUAUUCAUCGGAUAAAGGAGUCGGACCUGACCUUCCGGUUGGCCAGUGGUUUGGUAAUAUGGCAGGGGGUUGUGACAGACAUACAAUAUGCUACGCCUGUUUCAACAGCAAAGAGGAACUCCCCAGUCAACAACCAGUGCAGCCCCUGUGGAUCGGGCAACCCAGGUCCCGUGGGCUUCCAGGUGGUUUGUGAAGCCGUCCAGUCAGAUUCCUCCUCCCCCGCCUCGGGAGAGCAGAGCUGUCGCCGUGGCAACUCGGUUGAAAAAGGUGGCCAUUCCCAACAACCUGCACUUGUCAAAGGCCCUUCCAAGAAAAAGACGUCUGCCCCUGCAGGCCUGCCAGCAUCUCUGGCCCAGCAAGCACGUUAUGCCACCUACUUUGAUGUGGCAGUGUUGCGUUGCCUGCUGCAGCCACACUGGGCAGAGGAAGGUGUACACUGGGCUCUGAUGUACUACCUUCAUCGCCUGCGGCAGAUCCUGGAGGAGAGACCUGAACGCACCCCCGAACCGCUGAUUAUGCCUCUGCCACGCCCACGCAGCAGCUCCAUGGUGGCUGCAACACCUUCACUGGUCAACACUCACAAGACCCAGGAUAUGAGUCUGAAAUGCAAUGAAGAGGGCAAAUCUCUGAGCACAGAGACCUUCACAAAGGUGUCUCUGACCAACCUCCGUCGACAGGCGGUUCCUGACCUCUCCUCUGACCUGGGCAUGAGCAUCUUUAAGAAGUUUAAGAACCGGCGUGAGGACCGUGAGAGGAAGGGCUCCAUUCCUUUCCAUCAUGCAGGAAAGAAGCGCCAGCGGCGGAUGGGGGUUCCUUUCCUGCUUCAUGACGACCACCUGGAUGUCUCGCCCACACGCAGCACUUUUUCAUUCGGAAGCUUCUCUGGCCUGGGUGACGAUCGGCGGGCUCUGGACCGCGGGGGCUGGCAGGCCACAAUCAUGGGCAAAUUCACCCGGAGGGGCAGCACAGACACAGCUGCAGAUGCAGACAGCCUAAGUGCCAAACACUCUCAUUCUCAUCAUUCUCUGCUCAGAGACAUGCCCGACCACUCCAACAGCCACAGCGACAACACCGUGAAAGAGGUGCGAUCUCAGAUCUCCACCAUCACCAUGGCAGCGUUUAACACCACAGUGGCAUCCUUCAAUGUGGGCUACGCUGACUUUUUCACGGAGCACAUGAAGAAGUUGUGCAACCCUGUGGCAGUCCCUGAGAUCCCCGUCGAACCGCUGGCCUGCACCAACCUGCCGCGCAGCCUCACCGACUCCUGUAUCAACUACUCCUGUCUGGAGGAGGGGGAGAACAUCGAAGGGACCAACAACUUUGUAUUGAAAAACGGCAUGUUGGACCUCACUUCUGUGCUGCGGGCUCUCUAUGCUGUCCUCAGCCAUGACAUCAGCUCAAGGAUCUGUGACGUGGCCCUAAACAUCAUUGACUGCCUGCUGCAGCUAGGCGUGGUGCCCAGCAUGGGCAAGAAACCGUCCAAGCCUGACAACAAGGAGAACCAGGAGGCGCGAGCCAAAGACCCGGCUGGUCAGGGCCUCGGAGGAGGUGUGCAAGGAGGUGGGGCAGUUCUGGGGGCAGGAGCAGGGGGAGGGGGAGGAGGUGGAAGUGGUGGAGGAAGUGGGCAGGGGAGCAAGGAUGACGUGAAGAAUAACAAGGAUAAUGAUAAAAAGGAAGAAGGCUCUGGCCUCAGCACUCAUCGCCUGGCUCUGACCAUGCUGAUAAAGAUAGUCAAAUCUCUGGGCUGUGCGUAUGGCUGUGGUGAGGGACACCGUGGCCUGUCAGGAGAUCGCCUCCGAAUGCAGGCCCAGAACUGCCUGACCAACCUGUAUAAGCUGGACAAGCUGCAGUUUCGUCAAACAAUGCGGGAGUAUGUCAACAAAGACUCACUGAAUAACAUAGUGGACUUCCUGCAUGCGCUGCUGGGCUUCUGCAUGGAGCCCAUUACUGACAACAAGGCGGGCUUCGGGAACAACUUCACCACUGGGGACAACAAGUCCGUGGCCCAGAAUAUGGAGGCAGUGGUGGUGGGCUGCAUGUUCAAGUCCCUCAUCACCCGCUGCGCCUCAACCACACAUGAACUGCACAGCCCUGAGAACCUGGGGCUGUACUGUGACAUCCGCCAGCUGGUGCAGUUUAUUAAGGAGGCCCAUGGAAACGUGUUCCGCAGGGUGGCACUGAGUGCACUCCUGGACAGUGCCGAGAAGGUCACCACCACCAAGAAACCUGAGGAGAAGGAAGAGACCAAACAGCCCGGACCCAGGAGGUCAGAGGCAGGUGUGUCCGGGGAGAAGGGUCAGGUGUCCAGUGCUGCAGAUGAGUGUCGCAGCUACAUCUCCAGUAGACCCCCCCAGACACCCGAACAUGAAGAACAGAUACCAGGUGUUCUGCUGGGCAGAAAGGAUUUUUGGAGGAAGAUGUUCAAAUCACAGAGCGCUGCCAGCGACACCAGCAGCCAGUCAGAGCAGGACACCUCAGAGUGCACCACCGCCCACUCCGGCACCACCACUGACCGGCGCUCUCGAUCCAGAUCACGACGCAUUUCACUUCGCAAGAAACUGAAGCUGCCUAUAGGUAACUGGCUGAAGCGUUCCUCUCUAUCAGGACUGACUGACGGUGUUGAGGACCUGCUGGAUAUCAGCUCAGUGGAUCGGCUCUCCUUCAUACGGCAGAGCUCAAAGGUGAAGUUCACUAGUGCAGUGAAGUUGUCAGAAGGGGGCGCUGCAGGGCCAGAGUAUGGCAGGGAUGAGGAGGAGAAUUUCUUCAAGCGGCUCGGUAAAUGGAGGUCUGGCAGGAGGAAUCCAUCCAAGCUUCACCACACAGAAGAGAAAGAUGGACCCCAUGGUUUUCAGGAGCGUCUAGCAGCCAGUCAGGAGGCCAUGAAGAACAAGAACGUGGUGAAUCUGGGUGCCAUUCGACAGGGAAUGAAACGCUUCCAGUUCUUACUGAACUGCUGUGAGCCAGGAACCAUACCUGACGCCUCCAUCCUUGCUGCUGCUCUGGACCUGGAAGCUCCAGUUGUGGCCCGAGCCUCCCUCUUCCUUGAAUGUGCCCGAUUUGUGCACCGCUGUAACCGUGGCAACUGGCCUGAGUGGAUGAAAGGCCACCAUGUCAAUAUCACCAAAAAAGGGCUGUCAAGGGGUCGAUCACCCAUUGUGGGAAACAAAAGAAACCAGAAACUUCAGUGGAAUGCCGCCAAACAUUUCUGCCAGUGGGGAGACGCAAUUGGAACAAGACUCAGUGAACUCUGUCACUCAGACAGCGAGAGCCCUGCGAACAUCCUGGGUUACAUUUAUGAUGAAGAGACCAAACGGAGAAUGAGAAAAGAAGAUGAGGAAGAGGACUAUUUAGAUGACAACACAGUCAAUCCUACAAAAUGCGGCUGCCCCUUUGCUCUGAAGAUGGCGGCCUGCCAACUGUUAUUGGAAAUCACCACUUUCCUACGAGAAACCUUUCCCUGCUUACCACGACCUCGCACUGAACCACUUGUGGACUUGGACAGCUGCCGCCUGCGUUUGGACCCAGAACUCGGUCGCCAUCGCUAUGAAAGAAAGAUCAGCUUUGCAGGUAUCCUUGAUGACGAAGAUGGACAUGAUUCACUCAACAGCAGCAGCCACACUCUGAAGUCAGACACUACCUGUGAUGAGAAGAAGCCCCAGGAAGUUCAAGAUGUUCUCCCCCCACUACACACAUCUCCAGCACCCAUCCGUAAGAUUCGUAUUGGAGGCUCCCGGUUGCUUCAAAUUAAAGGGGCUCGCAGCUUUCGUGUGAAAAAAGGCGGCUCCCUGUCCUCCAUACGCCGGGCAGGGAGCCUCAAGAGCACCAAACUGUCCCGGCAGGAUUCUGAGUCGGAGAAUGAAGAGGGGCUGCUGUCACAGACACAAAGCAGGGACACUGUAACUGACAUAGGCAGUCCCUUCAGCACGAGUGAACCCAGCAUAGAGCCAGAGAGUACAGGCGGAGCAGAGGACAACUACCAUCGCAACAUGUCAUGGCUCCAUAUUAUGAUCCUGCUGUGCAACCAGCAGAGUUUCAUCUGUACACACAUAGACUUCUGCCAUCCACGCUGCUACCAGCACCACAAUCGCUCCUGUGCCCGUCUGGUCCGUGCUAUUAAGCUCGUGUACGGUGAGACAGUAGACAGCCUGAGAGAGGACAGCUCUUCUUGCGGAAACAUUGGGGCACGAGUUAAAAAGAGCAAAGAGUGUUCUGACAAGUCUUGCCUGAGGACCCCAUCCAUGAAGAGAAGGCCCAAUGACCCCAACACAGAAGGGAAGAAGGAUACGGGCAUGCUCAAGUAUAUUCGUAACCAGGUGAUGAGUCUGUCACCAGCUCCCCUCUCUCUGCUGAUCAAAGCAGCACCCAUCCUGACUGAUGACAUGUAUGGAGACAUCCAGCCUGCAGCCUGGGAACUCUUGCUUAGUGUGGAUGAACAUAUGGCAGCUGCUGCCGCUGCCAUGUUCCUUCUGUGUGCAGUAAAGGUCCCUGAUGCCGUGACUGAAAUGAUGAUGGCAGAGUUCCAGCACCAUGAGGCCUGCCAGCGCAUCAACUCCAUCCUAAAGUUUUACACACUGUGGCGUUUCCGCUACCAGGUGUGGCCUCGCAUGGAGGAAGGAGCCCAGCAGAUUUUUAAGAUCCCUCCACCCAGCAUCAACUUCACUCUGCCAUCUCCAAUACUGGGCAUGCCCUGUGUGCCCAUAUUUGACCCCCCCUGGGUGCCACAGAACACUGGCAGUGUCCAGGACCCAAUCAAUGAAGACCAGUCAAAAUCCUUCUCGGCAAGAGCAGUGUCACGUUCCCACCAGCGAGCUGAGCACAUCCUGAAGAACCUGCAGCAAGAGGAAGAGAAGCGACGUCUGGGCCGCGAGGCCAGCAUCAUCACAGCCAUACCUGUGGCUCAGGAGGCCUGUUAUGAGCCCACAUGCAGCCCACCGCCCGAGCAAGAGGAAGAAGCAGAAGAAGUGGUGAACCUGGCAUCACGCCGCCUGUCUGUCAGCCCAUCCUGUGCUUCUAGUAACUCCCACAGAAACUACUCUUUCCGUCGAGGCUCUGUGUGGUCUGUCCGCUCACUGGCCAGUGCUGACGAUGAAGAGAACACAACAGAACACACUCCUACUCACCACAUGCUACAACCACCCCAAGCUGUCUUCCCAGCAUGCAUCUGUGCUGCAGUCCUACCAAUAGUACACCUCAUGGAGGACGGGGAGGUACGAGAGGAUGGUGUUGCUGUGAGUGCUGUUGCCCAACAAAUCCUGUGGAACUGCCUGAUUGAAGAUCCGGCACUGGUUCUCCGCCACUUCCUGGAGAAACUAACAGUGAGCAAUAGACAGGAUGAGCUCAUGUACAUGCUAAGGAAGCUCCUGCUCAAUAUUGGAGACCUGCCAGCCCAGACCUCUCACAUCCUCUUCAAUUACCUGGUGGGACUGGUCAUGUAUUUUGUGCGCACUCCGUGUGAGUGGGGAAUGGACGCCAUCUCGGCCACAUUAACUUUCCUGUGGGAGGUGGUCGGCUAUGUGGAGGGGCUGUUCUUCAAAGACCUAAAGCAGACCAUGAAGAAGGAACAGUGUGAGGUCAAACUGCUGGUCACUGCAUCCAUGCCAGGGACCAAGACACUGGUUGUGCAUGGGCAGAAUGAAUGUGACAUCCCAACACAGCUCCCAGUCCAUGAAGACACCCAGUUUGAAGCUCUGCUGAAGGAGUGCCUUGAGUUCUUCAACAUCCCUGAAGCCAGAUCAGCACACUUCUUUCUCAUGGACAAACGGUGGAACCUUAUUCAUUAUAACAAGACAUAUGUAAGAGACAUCUACCCCUUCCGGAGGUCAGUCUCUCCCCAGCUCAACCUGGUGUGCAUGCUACCUGAGAAAGGACAGGAGCUUAUCCAGAAACAGGUGUUUUCCCGUAAACUAGAGGAGGUCGGUCGUGUCCUCUUCCUCAUCUCCCUAACCCAACACAUGCCAGCUGUCCACAAGCAAUCCCAUGUUUCCCUGCUCCAGGAAGACCUCCUGCGCCUGCCAUCCUUCCCACGAACUGCCAUUGACGCAGAGUUCUCCUUGUUCAAUGAGCCACAAGGGAAGGAGCUGUUUGGUUUGGACACCCUCCACAAGGUGCUGUGGAUCACAUUGCUGGAAGAGAUGUUUCUGGGCAUGCCCAGUGAGUAUCCCUGGGGCGACGAGAUGAUGCUGUUCCUCAAUGUCUUCAAUGGGGCGCUGCUGCUGCACCCAGAAGACAGCUCCCUCCUCAGGCAGUACACAGCCACUGCCAUCAACACCGCUGUUCACUUCAACCACCUCUUUUCUCUGAGUGGUUACCAGUGGAUCCUGCCAACUAUGCUGCAGGUUUAUGCUGACUAUGAGAGCAACCCUUUACUGAGGCAGGGCAUUGAGUUUUGCUGCCGACAGUUCUACAUCCUCCACCGCAAACCUUUCAUCCUGCAGCUGUUUGCAAGUGUGGCUCCACUGCUGGAAUUCACAACCAGCACCAGUACUGGUCUGUCCAAAGGAGUGUCAGCACAGUGUCUUUUUGACCUGCUGGUCUCUCUGGAGGGGGAGACGCAGGACGCCCUGGAUGCUCUGGAGCUCGUCAAGGCUGAGAAACCUCUACGAUCUCUCGAUUUUUGUUAUGGUAACGAGGACUUGGCCUUUUCUAUCAGUGAGGCCAUCAAGCUGUGUGUUACUGUAGUUGCCUACGCCCCCGAAUCCUUCAGAAGUCUCCAGAUGCUCAUGGUGUUGGAGGCCUUGGUUCCCUGCUACCUCCAGAAGCUGAAAAGCAACACAGUUACAAUGGAGUCAGCCUCAGCUGCCAGGGACGAGAUUGCAGCCAUCGCUGCUUUGGCCACAUCAUUACAGGCCUUGCUCUACAGCUCAGAGGCCCUCACCAGACCCAUGACAGCCCCUCAGAUGUCUCGCUGCGAUCAGGGCCAUAAGGGAGGCACUACAGCCAACCAUGCCAUGUCAGGAGGGGUCAACAUGAGAGACAAUCUCCACCUGCUGGAGGAGGGCCAGGGCAUGCCCAGAGAGGAGCUGGACGAACGCAUCGCAAGGGAGGAGUUCCGCCGGCCACGGGAGUCCCUCUUAAACAUCUGCACCGAGUUUUACAAACAGUGCGGACCACGACUCAAAAUCCUGCAGAAUGUUGCCGGCGAGCCCCGGGUCACAGCCUUGGAGCUGCUGGACAUCAAGUCCCAUAUGAGGCUGGCAGAGAUCGCCCACGCCCUGCUGAAGCUCGCACCUUACGACACCCUGACCAUGGAGAGCCGAGGGCUGCGGCGCUACAUCAUGGAGAUGCUGCCCAUCACUGACUGGUCCUCCGAGGCCAUCCGCCCCGCUCUCAUCCUCAUCCUCAAGAGGCUGGACCGCAUGUUCAACAAAAUCCACAAGAUGCCUACGCUCAGGAGACAGGUGGAGUGGGAGGCAGCCAGCAGCCUGAUUGAAGGUAUCUGUCUGACCCUGCAACGACAGCCAAUCAUCUCUUUCCUCCCACACCUUCGAUCACUCAUCAAUGUCUGCGUCAACCUGGUGAUGGGUGUGGUUGGACCCUCCAGUGUGGCAGAUGGGCUACCUCUGCUCCAUCUCAGCCCCUACCUCUCCCCUCCACUGCCCUUCAGCACAGCAGUGGUCCGGCUGGUGGCCCUGCAGAUUCAGGCUUUGAAGGAUGACUUCCCUCUCAGUCAUGUGAUCUCACCUUUUACCAAUCAAGAGAGGCGAGAGGGGAUGCUGCUCAACCUGCUUAUUCCCUUUGUACUGACAGUGGGGUCUGGAAGCAAAGACAGUCCCCAGCUUGAGCAGCCUGAGAUCUUCCUGCUCCUCCAGACAGUCAUCAAUAUCCUUCUGCCUCCUCGGAUCAUCUCCACCUCCCGCACUAAAAACUUCAUGUUGGAUGCUUCCCCAGCUCACUGCUCCACCCCGGGUGACACAGGGAAGGAUCUGCGCAGGGAAGGUUUAGCCGAGUCUACGAGUCAGGCUGCAUAUCUGGCUCUGAAAGUGGUGUUGGUUUGUUUUGAGCGCUCACUGGGAAACCAGUGGUACCGGUUAAGCCUGCAGGUUAAGGAGAUGGCUUUGAGGAAGGUGGGCGGCUUGGCCUUCUGGGACUUCAUUGACUUCAUUGUUCGAACCCGCAUCCCUAUCUUUGUCCUGCUGAGACCAUUCAUACAGUGCAAGUUGUUGACCCAGCCUGCUGAGUCCCAGGAGGAGAUUACAGCACGUCAACACAUUGCUGAUCAGCUGGAGCGACGCUUCAUCCCACGACCUCUUUGCAAGAGCUCCCUGUUUGCAGAGUUCAACAAUGAACUCAAGAUCCUCAAGGAGGCUGUACACAGCGGCUCUGCUUACCAGGGCAAAACAUCCAUCAGCACUGUGGGCACCUCGACGUCAGCAUAUCGCCUCAGUUUGGCCACAAUGUCGCGCUCCAACACUGGAACUGGCACAGUCUGGGAGCAAGACAGCCAACCAUCACGGCAACCUUCCCAAGACACACUCAGCCGCACUGACGAGGAUGAUGAAGAGAAUGACUCCAUGAGUAUUCCCAGUGUGGUGAGUGAGCAUGAGGCCUUCCUGUCCAGGGUUGUAUCACAACGGCGUUUCUCCAGCCAUGCCACGGGCUCAGCACCCUUACAGUCUGAGGCCCCCCGCACCACUAUGUUGCCCAGCCACAGUGAACCCAAUGUGCUAGAUGAGUCCCAGGGCCUUCUGCAGGAGGGUAACCUCACUAGGGUUGCCAGUGUGCAGAGUGAACCGGGUCAGCACAACCUCCUGAUACAUCCUCCACUGGGAAGAAAGCGUGGCCUCAGACAGAUGCAACGCCCACUGCUGUCUAUUCCUAAAACUGAACCACGCGGCCGAUCUGGAGCAAGGCUUUCCACGACCCGCAGGAGCAUCCAGCCGAAGAACAAACCACUGGCUCACGGAGACCAGAAGAGGUCAGUCACCUUUACGGAGAAUCAAGACCAGCAGGCGUCUGCAGUGGCCAGCAAGCCCCUGACUCCCAGCACUGUGGGUCCUCCAGCUGAGGGCAGGAAGGCCAGUCCUGCCCCUUCAAAGUCCCCCACGCUGGAAGUGCCUUCUGCCGCCUCAGCCACAGUCACUGCUGACCUCCACAGCCCUGCUAACACACAAGUCCAUGCAACCAUAAUCAGCAAGGAGAAGAGAGAGCAGUGGGGCCUCCGCAGCAGCCUCUCCCCUCCCUCCUCCAUCUCCUGUCCUUCCACUCCAACACCUCUGUCGGGGACCUGCUCCCCAGUGCCCCUUUCCCGAACCUGCUCCCCUCUUCCAUUAUCCCGCACCUCUUCUCCUCUACCUCCACCACUCCCAGUACUGGGCACAGCGCCUGCCCCAGGCCCCCCACCAGCACCACUGCUACCGCCACCCCCACUUCUUCCUCUGCCUCCACCAGGGCCAUCCAGGAUCCGAGAGAGUCCUGGGGACGAGGACACCACAACACUCCUACCACGCAGUGACACCCUGCUGCAGCUUGGUGAGGACGACGGCACAGAGAACCCCCUCCUCACCCCGCUGCUGUCGUCUCCUUCACCUCGGCAGUCACCCCUGCCUUUCUCCCCUGUUGACUUGGACCUGGACGAAUCCCAUGUCUGAAAGGAGUGACUGGUAGAUUGUGUUUUUCUACCUGAAGCCUAAGCUAAAUGCCAUACAGAUAUCUGCAGGAUAGGGAUAACAGAGGUUGUGCAGCAUGCAUACAAAAAUUAAUAUUUUAAAAGAAAGGGAAUGUGUAGAGUAGUGUAGUGAUGACAAGUAUAGGGUUCUUCUCUUCAGGACUUGAUUUCUGUGAUUACCUACAUCCCAAAAGCCAUUUCUGUUUGGCCUGCAACAAAACUGCUCUCUGCUCAGUCUAAUUUUUCCAGUUACAGUUACCACCGGCCAGGAGACAUUAUAUUUCCAGGUUGCCUAUCUGUCUUGUGAACACGAUAUCUCAGGGAUGUCUUGAGUGAAUUUCUUUGAAUUUCAAAUUUGAAUUUCAUCACAUUUGGCACAAGUGUCCAGUUGGACUGAAGGAGGAGUUGAUUAGAUUUUGAUGGUCAAAAGUCAAGGUCACCACAUCCUCAUGUCUGAAUUUGACUGUAUGAUGGAUGGAUACAACCUUCAACUGGUAAUUGUAGUUGAAUUCAGACUUUAGGUGCACUUUUCUACAUCUACAAAGCUUGUACCUCGCUCUGCCUGACUCCUAUUGUAAUAUGUUUUAUCUGCUCUUGAGUUGAGGGUUGAAUGUAUAUUAUAGCUUAAAGCUGCAAAUUUAUUUUAUAUUUUAUCUUCAUCUUUUAAAUGGUUAUAUUUAUCAGAGAUUUGUUUUUCAAUUUUGUCCUACAUAGUUUAUUGGAAUUAAUAAGAUUAAGAUUAUUCAA